GUCUUAGGUAGUUUUUGUAUUUGAUCGGGGCAAAAGAGAGACGAGGUCUCCAAUAAAAUGUAAAUUCUUUUGUUAAUGGCGUUUAUUUAAUAAUAACUAACUCUAACUAAAGUUAGUAACCGUAACCUUCGUAGUUUUCUACAUUUUAAAUUUGACACAUCAUCCUCAAGAUUUUUUUAAUCAGUCAAUGGAUGCUUGUUAAUUUUAAAUUUCAAAUGAAAUGGAAGCAACGGCAAAGAAUGCUGUUCACUUCAAUGUUACACAAACCUACAGUCCUAAUAUAAACUUCAGCACUACAUUCUCCAGCACUGGUUGUCUCAAUGUUUCAACAAGUAGCACCCUCUAUUCCAAUGUUAUAACUACCAGCUGGAAUUUGACCAAUGUUACUGAGGUUGGGAAUCACGUUUGUUUGAAAGUUCUGUACUGGACUUUGCCCAAUUCACAUGUAAGGUUGUGGGACCUGUUGAUUCUCAUUCCAAACGUCUUCUUCAUGGCUUACCUGCUCUUCAACAUCUCCGUGCUACUUCCACUUCUAAGAAGAUCCAACAGACAGAUAUUCACUGUCCUCUUCUUCCUUGUCUUCGUAUCGCAUAUACUCAGCAUAACUCGUUGCGUCAUCUCCAUGUCAGUCCACAGUUCAACUUAUGACGUCAUUGAUAGGGCAAUGUGGCUGAUAAUGAGGUUCUUCCUGCUGGCUACAGAACUUUCUGUUGUUACGUUUGGUUUCUUCUUCGGU